AUGUCAGCUCUAGAAUGUUCCGAAUGCUUUGGAGAUCAACUUCUACAAAGAACAUACACCUGGAAUUUCACUUUGCAUUCAAAGCCAUUCAUUACCUGCCCAUCUAAAAUAAUUGUAAAUAGCAUAAAAAUACCUGGGAAUAUUUGUCUUCCACAGCGGGGCUCAGUUGAGCCUUUUCUCCAGAUCCAUAAUUUGUACUCCGUGCCAAGGUGCCCAGUGCAGGCCUCGUUGCCGAGACUAAACCGAAGAACCGUAAGCCAGCACUCGUACCCGCUGAACCGAUUCUCCUCCGUGCCCAUCUGUGACGCCAUGGAGCACCCCACCUCACAGGCGGAGCUGGAGCUGGACUAUAACCUGCCCCGGGUUCAGCUGAGCGAUGAGAUGUUCGUCUUCCAGGACGGGAGAUGGGUGAAUGAGAACUGUCGCUUGCAGUCCCCGCACUUCUCCCCCGCCUCGUCUUUCCAUCACAAGCUGCAUCACAAGAGGCUGGCCAAGGAAUACCUCCUACAAGAGGAGAACAAGUCCCUCCGAGAGGAGAACAAGUCCCUCCGGGAGGAGAACAAAGUCUUGCGGAAGGAGAACAAAAUCCUGCAGGCUUUCUGGGAGGAGAACCGAGACGAGAACAAAGGGGAGCUGGGGCGGGCGGCCGGCGCGGCGUCCUCGGUGGUGGUCCAGAAGGACAACACGGCCCUGCAGGUCCUGAAGAAGGACAACACGGCCCUGCAGGUGCACAAGAAGGAGAGCGCCACGCUGCAGUUCCUGCGGGAGGAGAAUCGCGCCCUGCAGCUGCUUCUGGAGCAGAGGAAGGCCCACUGGCCCCACCCCGAGCAGAAGACGGGGCCCCAGGAGGAAGCGAAGCCCCCCCCAGCUCCUCCAGACGAGGCCCACAAUACUUCCAGGCAGGCCGGGGAGAGCACCAUCCCCCCGUGUGAGGAACCCAAAGGGCCCCCCACCGCCCACGAGGACAGCAAAGCCCUUCAAGCCCUCCGGGAGCUGGUCAACAACCUCUCUAUCCCUCUGGAAGACAUCAAGGCCGUGCCGGGCCUCCAGGAAGAGGCCCAGUCUCUGCAGCUGCUCCGGGAAAUGAACCAAGCUCUGCAAGCCCUGCGGGAGGAGAAUCAGAGCCUGCACGCCCUGAGAGAGGAGAACCGGAUCCUGCACGAGGAGAACCGGACCCUCCAGCUCCUGAGAGAGGAGCAUCGGGCCUUCCAAGAGGAGAACAAGGCCCUUUGGGAGAACAACAAGCUGAAGCUGCAGCAGAAGCUGGUCAUCGAUACGGUGACCGAAGUCACGGCCAGGAUGGAGAUGCUGGUGGAACAGUUAUAUGCCUUCAUGCCCGCCAAGAGCAAGGAGCCCAAGAAGCCCGGCAGGGUCUGA